AUAGAAGAGAGAGAGCGGAGCAUUGAAACAGGGACUUCCCUGAGCCUCCAUCAUCUACAGGGAGGGAAAAAAACACUCACACACACACAGCCUCCCACAUACACACACACGCACACUGUGCCGAGAGCUAGCAAGGGGCUUUAAACAGCUUCACACUAAAUAGAGACAAAGGGACUGUAACUUGCCACAAUGGAGGAAAACAUGGAUGAAUCACAAAGCCAGAAAGGCUGUAAGGAGUGUUGUGAGCGGUGUGUGGGCAGUCUGCCCUGGGCCUCUCUCAUUGCCACUAUUCUCCUCUACAUGGGUGUGGCCUUGUUCUGUGGAUGUGGCCACGAGGCUUUGAGCGGCACCGUCACCAUCCUUCAGAACUACUUUGAAGUCAUCAGAGCCCCGGGAGAAACGCUGGAUGUGUUCACCAUCAUUGACAUCCUGAAGUACAUCAUCUAUGGCCUUGCAGCUGGAUUCUUUGUGUUUGGAGUGCUGUUGCUGGUGGAGGGCUUUUUCACCACUGGAGCUAUUAGGGAUCUCUAUGGAGAGUUCAAGAUCACUGCCUGUGGACGCUGCCUGACUGCAUUCCUGAUGUUCCUGGCCUACCUGUUCUUCCUGGUAUGGCUCGGAGUGACAGCGUUCACCAGCCUGCCAGUCUUCAUGUACUUUAACGUUUGGUCCAUGUGUCAGAACACCAGCUUGGUGGAGGGAGCAAACCUCUGCCUGGACCUGCGUCAGUUUGGAGCGGUGACCAUCUCUGAGGAGAGGAAGGUGUGUACAGGAUCUGAGAAGUUCUUCAAGAUGUGUGAAUCCAACGAGCUGGACUUGACCUUCCAUCUGUUCGUGUGCACACUGGCAGGCGCAGGAGCUGCUGUCAUCGCCAUGGUCCACUUCCUGAUGGCUCUAGCCGCCAACUGGGGCUAUCUGAAGGACGCCAGCCGGAUGCAGAAGUACGAGGACAUCAAGUCGAAGGAGGAGCAGGAGCUGCAUGACAUCCACUCUACGCGCUCCAAAGAACGUCUCAAUGCCUACACAUAAACACACACCCAAGAGAAACGACCCACGCACACUUACCUGUCAGACACACACAAGAUGAUACAUGCGCACACACACACACACACACACACACACACACACACACACACACACACAGACACACACACAGAAACACUCACACACAGGUCUAGGGAUAGCAGAAACAUACGUUACAUACAUGAGUGAAAAAACAACACAAACAUACACUCAAACACAACAGAUAAAGACACGAGUAGGCAGAAAUUAGUUGAUUACAUAAACACGAUGAAAACACAGACACCACGCAGUAGUUUAUUGACUCAGGUGGUCUAUGCUAACAUUUAGCGGCCGCUACGUUGGUUUGCUCCAUGCUUUUAUUAACCCUGACUAAAGCUUUAACUUAAAGGUGAAAACAAGCAGAGGCCACUUCCCUCUGCCCACUGCCAGAUUGUAUCCUACUAAAACUCACUGAUUAGAGGCUCCAUGAUUACAGGAUUGCUUAAUUAGAAUUGUUCCAAAAAGAAAAUCUGGCUACUUCAAAUUUAAGGAGCUCAUGAUAUUAUUCCUUCAUAUAGCCUAAGGAUCUAAAUUUACCAGGGCAGGCCUCAGCCUUUUGGGGCCUUAGCUUGCCUUCGCCCAGUUUCACAAAGUAGCUUUGCAUAGUGUGAGUGUGCAAAACAAUCAGCUGGAACUGGCCUCACAGACAGAAACCAAAAUAACCCUGGCAAAGAUAUGAAAGAUUUAGGGGAAGAAAGUACAGUGCAUGAUUAAAAAAAAGCACAAGAAACAUACAAGAUAAUAACACUUUCAGAAAGACAAAUAAUGAGCAGAAGAACCCAAAGAAAUGUCAUAUUUUAAUUUGCUUGUUUGUGCCGCCCCGGUGGCCUUAAGCAUCUAAUUAGUGUGCUUAAUGUUCGGGCCAGCUUUGCCUUUUCUUUUUAAAAAACGCCAACGUUUUCUUGAAAGGUUGGUGGGUUUUUUUGUGUCCCUUUCACUGGCCUACCAUCAGUCACCAUAUGGUGAUCUCCACAGCUUGCUGCUGAACGGCUAUGAGCUAUUAGCAUGCCACACUGAAGUCAACAAUCUACAGCCGACAUACGAUUAAGUUUGGUGUCUAUGAGCUCAUCCUUUUAUGUGGGGGCCUUUCAAAAAGGGGCAAUGUCACUGUAUCUCCCCAACAGCCUCAAUACCUGCAGUACACACACAUCACAUGUCCACACACACACACACACACACACACACACACACACACACACAUAGAUGUGGCUGAAUGGUCGGUGUUGUGCAGGCAGUGUUGUAUGGUGGUGUCAUGCUGUGUCGUGUCGUUUCGCCACAUUAUGAUGACUGGUAUUGCAGAGAAAUAUGGCCCCCCAAGGAAAUGUGUACCUCCUGAGUACAAAUGGGUAGCUUUGAUAACGUUUCCUCCCCUCCCCCUCUCUUUUCGACUCCUUUUACCUCCGACCCUACCCAUCCUCUUUCUCUACGAUGUGACCUCUUCAUGCUGAGCCCAGUUUCAUUAGUUGUUCCACGUAUUCGUGUUACACAUGCCGACCGGUGUGUCCCACAGGUGGCUGUUAGCAGCGCAGGGGGUUGGGAUUUUUGAAAUGAUGAUAAUGACAUAUGUUGAUUGAAACAAGAUGCAGAUGAAAAUGAUGUCAUAAUUUCUCCAAAUUCCCCCAGCAUUGCUCUAUUUGUACUCUGUAUCACAUAUCAGGCUCCUUACGCUCACUUGAACUAAAAGCACUUAAUUUCAAAGAGGCCAUUUCAGACACCUAGUGAAACGGGGCUCUGCGUCCUCCCCCCCUUCAUCCCCAGUUUGUAUAAACUUGUGAUUUGUCCUCAGAAACAGCACAUCUUAGCAGCACAAAGUCUUUUUAACGUGUGUCAUGUUCUCAUCAGUCUGAUAAAUAAUGUUUUUUCUCACUUUUUGGAAUUUUUGCCACAUUUUUAUCAGUAUUAUUUAUGUGUAAUUUUAGCAUUGGGGGUAUUUAAAACGGGGCAGGUGUGUAAGGGGAGGGGUGGGGUUAUAUCACUUUCACAUUUUCAUGUGAUGACUAUAUUUCAGUGGUUCUGCACACACACACAAAUACACAUAGAAACACGUACAAACGCAUACACACCAAUCAUCUCGAGGGAUUCUGUUCUCUCGUCGUCAUGUUUUCUUUUGUGUAUCUUUUUUUUUUUUUUCAACGAGCCCUGAUGUGACCAAAAUUAUAGUUUAUUUGUAAGUUGAAUUCGACUUGUCGUUGAUGUGAACAGAUGAUUACUGUGAAUUCUGGGUGGUGUGGUGGUUGUGCACAAGCGGCAUCACUGAAGGUUGUAAAGGCUGAGCUGGUUAGCUUUGGUCUGAGCAGGAUGGAGGAUUCAUUUGCCAAAAGAAUUUUAAGGUUUAAAUAUUGGUAACCUCUUAGGAGGAGUUUGUAAGGUGUUUGAAAUGGAUGACAUGGAGUGGAACUUGGAACCUGGAGGUGCUGAAGGAA